CCGAAUGAGAAAUGCAUCAAGGCAAAGGGAAACAACCUAAUUAAGGAAGCAAAAAGAUGGGGUCUUCCAUGGCCAGUAUAAUGGCCACUGUGCUUGUGGUGGCAACGUUCUUCCUUAUCCAGCCGUCCCAAACUGCUGCAGCUAACACGGAAGGAUUCCCUUUCUUUCCUCUCCCUAAGUUACCCUUUCCUUUCCCCAGGAGAUCACCGCCUCCUCCACCACCCCGAGCGGUUUGUACCUGUCCACCUCCUCCACCGGUGCAGUCUCCACCCCCACCGUCUCCUCCACCGCCUCCACCUAUGCUAUCUCCACCCCCGCCGUCUCCCCCACCGCCUCCUCCCCCAGUGACGUCUCCACCCCCGCCUUCUCCUCCACCACCGCCUCCCCCAGUUAAGUCUCCACCCCCGCCACCACCCCCAGUUAAGCCUCCUCCCCCAGUGACGUCUCCACCCUCGCCUUCUCCUCCACCACCGCCUCCCCCAGUUAAGUCUCCACCCCCGCCACCACCCCCAGUUAAGCCUCCUCCCCCAGUGACAUCUCCACCCCCGCCUUCUCCUCCACCACCGCCUCCCCCAGUUACGUCUCCACCCCCGCCGUCUCCCCGACCGCCUCCUCCCCCAGUGAUGUCUCCACCACCGCCUCCCCCAGUUGAGUCUCCGCCCCCGCCGCCACCCCCAGUUUGGUCCCCACCCCCGCCAUCUCCUCCACCGCCACCCCCAGUGCGGUCUCCACCACCACCUCCACCACGAGGGCGGUCUCCACCACCACCUCCACCACGAGGCAGUAGACCACCCGUGAGGCCGCCUCCGCCUCGGCGAGGAGGGAGGAUAUAGCCUCCAUGCUCUCACACAGCUCGGAAAAAUGACGAAUAACAUGAAGAAAUAAAUGAAGAGAUCUAUGAAGACCUCAUCUAAUAAUUAAUGCAGAGAAUUAGAAAGCGAUCGUGAGUAUAUCCUAUUUACACUCUGUACUUAUCGGAAUAAAGGGGAAUAAAAAGUAAAUCUUAUGUUUUGUGAUAAUUGUAAGACAGAUCGAACUGCGGAUAUAAGAGGGAGGUACUCCAUGUCUUUAUGAUCAUCAACCCUCUUGUAAUAACAAAGAAAUAGAAUAUCAUAUCA